GUGGCAACAUGGGAGGAGCUUAUCUUUAUCAUUUACAAAGAAAUCAAACUAAAAUGUUUCCAACCUACUCCUCACUGAUGAACCCCAGUUUGUCCAAAUUUAAAUGGGAAGAAGAUUGUAUUAGCCUUAAAGUAUUCUGCUUUGUUUGUUUUACAUUUAUUCAAAGCUAGUGUUUCCUGGAUACAUCACCUUUGACAACAACAAAGCUGUAAUCAACACCUUACGAAGCUCCUGGAGAAAGUGCCCGAGGUGAUCGAAAACAAAAGGAAGCAUGUCAAGAUUGCAGGUAGGAACACGCCCUCCUGAGACUCUAAAGACAAGCAGUAGAAGAUGGAUGGAUUUAUUAAACAGGGUUUUGUGAGAUGACUGAAUCAGAAGAUGAUUUUUUUCUAACCCAACCAACCUUCACAGUUAUCAACUACUCACCCAAACUUGUCUUCUCCUGUUCCUCCUGUGCCCCCCCGGCUGCAGAGGCAGCAGUAUCAGCAGAGUAUCCAAGUCUUCCCUCUCCGCACACAGACUACUCCUCCAGCUCUGCUGGGGGAAGCCCAAGGCACUUCCAGGCCAGCCAAGAGACAUAGUCCCUCCAGUGUGUCUUGAAUCGCCCCCUCGGCCUCCUGCCGGUGGGAUGUGCCUGGAACACCAUUAUCGGCUCAUCCAGGGGGCAUCUGAAAUGUCCGAGCCACCUCAGCUGACUCCUCUCUAUGUGGAGAAGCAGCUCUCCUCCAAGCCUCUCCCGAAGACCGAGCUUCUCACUUUCUAAGGGAUACUCCAGUCAUCCUGCCGAGAAGGCUCGAUUCACCACUUGUACCUGGGAUCUCAUUGUUCGAUUUGAUGUUAUGAUCGCUUCACCCUCUGCUGCAGUCUGCCUCAGGGCAUGCUGUGGAGGAGCGAGCCAGCAAGAUCUGCUGGACUGUGAACCAGACCCCAUCAGGUCUUUGGCUGCAUCUUGAAAUCCUGUCCAUAAAGGAUAUGAACAGGUCCGAUUUAAAGUCAGCAAUGCAGAUCAGACUCCUGCUCCGCUUGUACAGAGACCUGAUGGACCCUAGUAAAGGGUCCCUGACUCCAUAUUUUCGAAGCGUCGCCCACAGGGCAUCAUAAGGGACCUGGUCAACUGUCUUCUCCAUCUCCAAGAAACACAUGUGGACUGGUUGUGCAAACUCCCAUGACCCCUCAAGCACCCUGCAGACACUAAGUCAACUAAUUUAACAACAACGCUUGGGUUUAGAGCUGGGGGGUCUGUUCCUCCUGAUUGUUUCCCACAUGGGCAUUGAAUCCCCCCGUGACGCCAAGAAGGUUCAGCCUGUUCUGCUAAAUAAAUUGGUUUCUAUUAUGCUAUUUAUUAAUUAAGUUUUUUUUUUUUUUUUUUUUUACAAAUUUGAGGCCUCACACCAUAGCUGCAGUUUUACCAAGAAUAAAUGAUAAACUGUUGGACCAUAUUUCAUUUGUUCUUUAGGGGAUAUAAGGAUAUGGCCACAUCCAGUGAUUUUUUGUCUGAGGACCAGUUCCAGUGCUCCAUUUGUUUGGACGUCUUCACUGAGCCUGUUUCAACUCCAUGUGGACAUACAUUCUGCAAGGUAUGCCUGACCAGGCACUGGACAGGGAAGCAGGAAUAUCAGUGUCCUCUGUGCAACAGCAAAUUCAACAAGGACCUCAAGCUAUCGGUCAACACCACAUUCAGGGAGGUUUUGGAAGGUUUUAAGAAACGUGUGACAGCUGAUGCCUCAUCUUUAGUAAAACCUUGGGAGGUGUCAUGUGACAUUUGCUCUGAGAACAAGUUCCGAGCCUCAAAAACCUGCUUGAUGUGCUUAACCUCUUUUUGUGACAAACAUUUAGAGCCUCAUCUAAGAGUAGCUGCCUUGCAAAGACACAAACUUUCAGAACCUGUUCCUGACCUGGAGGAGAAAAUAUGCAGGGAACACAACCAGAUUUUUGAGUUCUUCUGCUUGAAUGAUCACAUCCAUUUCUGUGUCUUGUGCACAGAUCAUAUUGAUCAUGACAAAGUCAAUAUAAAUGAAGCAUAUGUAGAUCAAAGAUCUUACAUCUGGAGAGGAAAAGAGAAAAUACAAGGAUCUAAAAACAAAAAAAAUGGAAAGGUACAGAAUAAGAAAAAAGCCAAAAGUGGGAGAGCUCAGAGUAUGAAGCCUAGUCAGAUUAUAGAUCCUAAUGGUUUACCAUAUCACAGAAAAGCCCCAAACCACUUGGAUAGAUGUAAAAGUAACUGUCAAAAUCAAAAUUUCUCAAAAGUGACAGAAGUGCAUGAAUUUCACGUCAGUGGAAAUGUUGGUCUUGAUUUAGCUGUUUUUAGGGAGUCCGAUUUUAGAAUGUUGCCAUUUCUACAAAACUGGGAAAGAUAUUGUAUUUUAAGAUUUACAUUUAAGAGGAACACUCAGAGAGUACUGUUGCUUGUAUAUUAUGGUCAUGGGCUGGUGCUCAUAUUUGAUCCAGACAAUGAGAUCAUAUUGCAUCAAUUUACCGGCAGUGGAAUCAAUGAGCAAGUCUUCCCACUUUGUAUUCCCAGCAUACGUGGCUUCAUGAAAUGGAGGCAAAGCUUAAGAAGUCAAGUUAAGAAGAUGUUAAGUGAUUUAAAUGUUUUAUACUGGUUUGGUUGCUUUUUUAUUAUAACACUGUUAUCCAUUUACAUUAUCUUCUAAUAGGGCCAGAUUAAAACACAUCCAAGCUAUGCUUGCUUUCUCACAUUAUAUUAUUUAGCUUAGAUCAGGUUUAUUCAACGUUUUCCAGGCCAAGGACCCCCAAACUGAUGGCAAGAUGGAGCGGGAAGCCCAUAAUUAUAAGUAUUGUAUAAAAUUGUGUUAUAUCAAACUGGUCCUAUAGUCACCCUAUUACAGAUGGACUAAUGUAACAAAAGUUUUUUCACCCUGGGAAUAUUAAAGUAUUUCUGAUUCUGAUUCCUAGUUGAUGGGACAGGU